AUGUUGACUCAAAAUCUCGGUGAGGAUUCCCUGCAAGAAUACGCAAUAGAGCAACUACCCUCAGAGCCACUGCUCAAUGGUGAUUUACUGGAAAAGAAACAGAAACAAUCCAGUAAAGGAUCCCGAAGUAAGUUGAAAACUAUUAGGGCGCCAGGGUCUCGAGCUGACCGAGUUGCACAAGCUUGUGAUAGGUGUCGAGCUAAAAAGACCAAAUGUGAUGGUGGGGAUCCUUGCUCUACUUGCUCGGCUGUGGGCUUGAAGUGCAUCGUUUCGGACAAAUUGAGCAGAAAGGCUUUUCCCAAGGGAUACACUGAGACUUUGGAAGAGAGGGUCAGACACCUCGAAGCCGAGGUGAAAAAGUUGGUUGGAAUUUUAGACAUGAGGGAUGAACAACUCGAGUUGUUGGGCGGUGUAAAAAGUAAUACCAACACCGCUGAUCCCAAAUCAGGUACAGAGGGGGCCACCACUCAAGAUCAGCAAAUCACAACUUCCAACUUACACUUACUAGACGAAGAAAAUCAGAUGCAUCUCCAUAUGCAUGAUGCUAACGGUUGCUCUUGUGGCUGUGACCAUUCUCAUGCAGUACAUGAACGCCCAGUAUCAGUUGCUGGGUCAUUGUAUGAAGCCCCACCAAUUUCUGUUGCAAGCUCAGUCGGAUUGAGUGACGAUGAAGAAUUUGAUACUAGUAGCUUGCUAAGCAUAGACGAUGCCCCAAAUGCAUCUUUCCCACGUUCCAGACUGCAUUUCGCUUCGAACUCAUCAAAUCGAGAAUCAACCCCUGCUCCUGGAGCAUUUGCUGCAGCUACUGCAAUUGCUCAAAUGCAUAGAAAAAGAUUAAAUGGACAACAGCAAGAGCAACAGAGCGAGACAAGCAAGCAAAGGAUGUUGACUUCGUUGGUUGCGAUUUCUCUACCAAGAAGUACAGAGGAGACUCUUUGUGUUCCUACCCUUUUGGCUAGAAUAUGUCAAGCAUAUGGAUACGAUUCAAAGUCUGCAAUCUUAACGGCGAAUGCAUUGGCCUCAUUGAAAGACCGCACGACCCACAAAACACCUCUUGGUGAGGGGAUACCCGACCUAUUAUUUAGUCUUUUGAUGAGUCGUGAUGAUGUAACAGCACUACGUCCUAACGAAGCUGUUACAUUUCUACGUGAAGUUGUGCACUUUCCAAGCUCGCGAUUGGAUAUUGACCAAUUGAUGACUGUCUACUUCCAGCAAUGGGGCAACGUCAUGCCAAUUCUUGACAAGUCCACCUUCCUAAAAAGUUACGUUAGAGUCAUGCAGAUCGUUGAUACUGGGUCAGUGUCGAGGGAAGAUGAAGAGCAGCUCUCGGAACUGAUUGAAAAGGUUGGCGCUUUGAUGGUGUUGUUGCUAAGUAUGGGACUUCUCUCGAGUAAGAAUAUCUACUUCAAGCUGGAAAAUGCAGAAAGCUAUGUGUCUUUGAUGAAACAUUACGACAUGUUGAUACACGAGUUUAUUAAGCCAAAUUGUUUGAUCACCAAGCACUGUUCCAUACAAUCCUUGCAGGUGUUGUCGUUGGCACUUCAAUACUGCUUAGCGAUUGGUGAUAUAUCCACUUGCUAUGAUUUGAGGGGUCGGGUAAUUAGUAUGGCACAACAAUUGAGGCUUCACCGAUGCCCGGCAGCUAUAUUGGGUUUGGAUGUGAACGAAAAAGACAAUUUGAAUUCUCAAAACUUUAUGCAAGGUGAGAGGCGUAUCUUGUUUUGGUGUAUCUACUGUCUUGAUACGUAUUGCUCGCUAAAUUUGGGAGUGCCAAGGUUGAUGAAAGACUAUGAAAUAGAGUGUGCGAUGCCCUUCUCAGGCAAGAGUAAUGAAGAGGAUAUGGAUAGUGGUGAAGAGGAUGAUAACGUCAACAUCUUAAUUGUGAACAACACAGAAUUGACUAUUGUUGGAAAAGUUUCCAAGAUGGCAUUAAGCGUAAUGUUGUUUUGCAAAGUUUUGGCAAGCAUUUUGGAUUCAAUCUACUCCAGGUUCGACAAUAGUGAGGAUGCGUAUAGAAAAGCGUUGCACAAGGAUAGGAUGUUGGAUUGUUGGCGUAGAGAAUUGCCAACUGACUUGAAAUUCGAAGUUGAUGUUAGCGGCUUGUCAUUGUCCACGACGGAUGCGAAAAGCUACCAAGGAAACAUUUGGAGCAAUUUCAAUGCCCAGCAAUUGACCCUAAUAUACUUGUAUUAUCACGCUAAGCUUUUGAUAUACUUGCCCAUUAUAUCAAAGUAUGGGAAUCAUCAUAACGUUGGCUUAUCACAGAAGGAGCAAUUGAGUAAGGGAGACAGUGACACCACUACCAUUGUUUCCACGAUGAGCUUGGUACAACAAUCAUCGAGUCAAAUUUUACAAGUGAUACAAUCAUCAGCUGCUUUCUUCAAUUCUUCAGUUUUACCAGUACCCGUAAACAUUGCAAGAGAACAGUCAUUGCUUACAAUGUUGGUAGCUAAAGGAACUUUAGACUAUAUAAAAGGAGGUCCGUUGUUCAAUAAUCUGAAACAGCUUUUGCUCGAUUCGGUUGCUGCAAUGGCAAAUGAUGCGAAAUUUGAAACUCCGGAUUGUUUGAAUAGAAACUCGGUUAAAUUGGUGGAGUUUUCCGUAAUGAGCAUUUUGGGAAUCAAUUUAAACAAGUUGUCGGAUAACUCAAAAAAGAAGCCUUCUUCAACCAUUCCCAUCCAGAAAACUGCGGUUGAAAGAGAGUCCAUGUUCAUUGGUGGUAAGCCAAAUACUUCGUUUAGCUCUAACCUCAAACAGCGACAAAAUAUUGAGAUGACUCAUGACGAUUUCGAAACCAAGGCAGGUGCAGACUCCAACACCAACACCAACACCAACACCAACACCAACACCACCAAUAACACAUCACAUGCAAAUUUUGAGACUGACCUAUACGGCAAUCUUGAUGACCUUGAAUCACUAUUGAGAUUCGAUCCAUUUAGUAUCAACGUUCAUGAUCCAAUGCAAAUUAAUGAAUUUGUCACAGAUGGAUCACUUGGGUUUGGUCCCUAUUUGGAAUUGUCAAAAACUGGUAAUCUUGAUUUUGAUAAUAAUCAGUUGUUCAACAAUAUCGCCAACAACGUCUACUCCUCGCGAUGA